AAUCGAUUAAAGACAUUUUCCUUACACUAACUUUAAAAUUUUAAAAAUGUUUGCUACCAAGAUACUUUUAUUCAAAACUUGAAUUUUCAAAAAAAAAAUAUUUCCCAAUAAUAAUUAAAUUUUGCGCUCAGGACAGACUGAAAUAUCAUUUCCUGCGGCUCUGGUUUUUUUCCGUUAGUGCGAACUGGUAACACCAAAAUAUUAUAUGUCCAAAAAUCUUGGCGGAUAAUUGACAAUGUUUCUAAAUGGUGCUGGGCAGCCUUUAAUACAUGGGAAAAGCAAAGAAUAUGGGCAGCAUCGCGGACCCUUGCUUUUGUCAUCAGCCGCCUUCAAUGACCCUAUAUUUCCCCAAAACUGGAGCAAAUGUGUUGUAGGAUCUAAGGAGGAUAUCUUGCGAUAUAAUAAUUUUCGAUCAUUCACUGAAAAUUGCAGUUUUAAGACGCUUUUGCCAAAUACACCCUCGGAAAUCAAAUGCGACGAAUCUGUGAUUAUAGUAACGUUAAUACCUGCAGGAAAAAUGGAAAACUUGUUGGAGUCGCAACUCUUCUAUAUAGACAAUGGUUAUACCAGAUAUCUUAUUGUGGACAGUCUAUCCAGCUAUCUGGACUUUUUACCUAAGGCCCAUGGUUCCUUUCACAGUGGCAUCAGAAAAGGAAUUGAUGUUCUUUAUGUAAACGAAGAGCUUUUGAAUGAGACCACCAUAAAUGAGGACCUCUACAGUUUGGUGGACCUGAUAAAACCAAAAUUCAUUUAUGGUUUAAGGGAACGGGAACUGCCCAAAUGGCUGCUCGAUCUGCGUCGGAUUAAUGACAUAUACAAAAGAUUAAAAAAGUAGUUUACAGUAAGAAAAUUAUGCAUUUAAAACCAACGACCUGUUAACAGUCAAAUAAAAUCUAUCUAAGACCUA